AUGAACGGCGAUCACCGGGAGACGAACCAUAGGUCGAACGCUGCCGUCAAGUGUGACUACGAACUCGGCGAUCAGGGUGCUGGCGACGGUCACGACCAUGGCUGCAGGUCGAUCGGCAAGGAGGUUGCCGAACGCCUGGUGAUGCAACGCUCGCUCAGGGUCGAGUACUUUACGCCGUGCAGUUCCUCACGGGUGUGGCAGUCGUUUGAUCGGGUGCGCGUCGACGGCAACGACAGCGCGUACGCUAUCUGCAAGUACUGCCGAGCCGUACUCACAUACCGACCUCGCAGUGGCACCAGUAGUCUUCGCCGCCAUCGCUGCCAUAUGAGUGAGUGA